AUGCGCUGCGCGGCGCUGGCGCUGGCGCUGCUCUGCGCGCUGCCCCUGUGCCUGGCGGCGCUGGAGCCCCCCGAGCCGGGCUCCGGGCUGCUCGCAGAUGAAGUGAACUUGCUGGACAAAAUGACUUUGCUUGCGCAGGACCUCAGCAAUGUUUCCUUUGGCUACAAUCAAGCCAACUGCAGCAUCUUGGAGAUUGGGCAGUACUCUACCCUCAACAUCCCUACAAGGGAGGCCUUUGGGGACAGGUUUGCAGACGAGCUGAGUGUGCUGAUGAAGCUCAGGUACUCACUGAAGGAGGACACCAGCCUAGUGACUAUCCUUAGCCAUCGGAGUCACGUGCUCUUCCAGAUAAGGAUAAACCCACAUGCCUUGAGCUUUGUCACCACGAGGAGGAGACACUAUGAGUUCCCAGUUUCCCUUCUUGGUGAUGGGGCCUGGCACCAAAUUGCUCUCAGCAUUUCCUUGGAGAGGCUGGAGUUGCAUGUAGACUGUCGGCUGGUGGAGAGAGUGAGCUGGUCCAAUUACUUUGGGAUGGGAAUCACCACUGAGGGGCUGAUCAUCAUUGGAGGCCUGAUCGAAUCCUUUGAGAUUCCUUUUGAGGGUGCUCUACAGCAACUGAUCUUUGUGAUGGGAGACCCAGCAGCCGCCAGCGAACACUGCCGCAGCUACAACGCAACCUGCACCGGCUCCCGCAGUCUGGAGAGCUUCUUCAACCCUUCGGGCUCCCCAUGGGAGCGUUCACCAGCUUGGCCAGAGGAUUCCAGAUUCAUGGAUUCUGAUUUGACCGUGGGGCCACACUGGACAUGGGAGGAUUCGCAGGAGACCCUUGACCUCCAGCCUGAUGGAAGUGCCUUGACUUCAGUCAUGGCUACUGACGUGCCAUCUGCUGAGGAGGAGGAGGGAAGCCUUUCUAUUGAGGAGGAAGGCUUUGAGCUGUUGAACUCCACCUAUAAUAAAAUCACUGGCCCUGGCAGGCCAGGGCUCCGCAGGAGUGACCAACCAGUGUCUGGCAAUUCCAGAGCCUUGGCCAAAGUAAAUAGACCAGCUGCCAAGAAGGAGCGUGCCUCAGAUCCGCAGGAGGAGAACGUCACCACGGAAAAGCUGAAGGGUGAUGCAGGCUCCCGCAUGUGGCUCUCUCCCAGCAAACCCAUUGAUGCCAUUGUUGAUCUGGACACCCCUUCUUCCUUCUCCAAAGUCUCUCCAUCAGUCAGUCGGACAGCCACCUCUGACAGAAACAUACCUAAGGUCUUUCCUGAGUCCCCAGGCAAGGGGGAGGUCAGAAGUAUCCUGGAGCAUCCUUCAGAAGCUCCAGUUAGGCCUGAGACUGCCACAACCCUGCCACAGGCAGGACUCGGCGAAGGUGUUGCACACCACAGUGUGGCUGGGAGCAAAGCCAAGGGCCUUGCAGACCACCAAGAGCGAGGGGUCCUGCCAGUGGUGGAUGGACAGCAGGUUCGCUUGAAGCCAGGACCACCAGGGCUGCCAGGACCACCAGGUCUGCCUGGUUGUCCAGGGAGACGUGGACCAAUGGGGCCCAAAGGAGACAAAGGGUACCCUGGAGCCAUGGGACAGACAGGCCCCCCAGGUGACCCAGGCCCUCCAGGCAUCCCCGGUGUCCCAACCGUCGUUCUCUGGAGGAACUCCAAGGAAGACUGGCUAACGUUCAUGCAAACAUCCUUUUACCAGCUUCUGUAUGCAGGCUGGCCGAGACAGCCCGGACCUGCUGGGCCACCAGGACAUCCGGGGAAGCCAGGAGUACCUGGGCCUUCCGGAUAUCCAGGGGAGCCAGGUGAAAAAGGGCAGCUGGGGUACAUGGGAGAACCUGGACUUCAGGGCCUGCCAGGACGUGUGGGUUAUCCCGGAGCAGAUGGGUUUCCCGGGCUGGACGGCAAGCCUGGGCCGUCGGGGCUCCCGGGAAAGCAGGGCCUGCAGGGAUUUAAAGGUGACCAAGGGCCAGCUGGAGAGAAGGGUGAAGAGGGGUUCUUGGGUGACCCUGGACCAGCUGGGGAGAAAGGAGAGAAGGGAGCAAAGGGAAUGAAAGGAGAAAAUGGUCCUCCAGGUCCUGCUGGGGUUCACGGAACGUCAGGUCUGAAGGGUGCCACUGGCUUCCAGGGCCCCAUGGGCCCCGAGGGGGAAGGUGGCUCAGUGGGUCCCCCAGGCCCUGCUGGCCCCGUGGGAGAGCCAGGCCAGCCGGGAUCGGUGGGGUGCCAAGGAGUCAACGGCUCGCAGGGAGAAAUGGGCCCUACUGGCUUGCCAGGACCCCGAGGCCCCAAGGGACCACAGGGCUUGCAGGGGAGACGUGGACCCCCUGGCCUGAGGGGCACACAGGGUGCAACUGGGAUAGAAGGAUCCUCUGGUCCAAAAGGAGGCAUUGGAGCAGAUGGUGCCCCCGGGCUGCGAGGCCAGCCGGGACAGGAAGGUCCUGGGGGAUUCAUUGGCCUGCCAGGUUCGAAGGGCAUCCAGGGAGAGCGGGGUUGUGAAGGUCCAAGUGGAGCUAAAGGAGACCUGGGAACCAAAGGAGACAAGGGUACACAUGGCCCCCAAGGAGCAAAAGGGCUUCCAGGAAUCCGUGGUCAAAUUGGUUUGCCAGGCUUUCCGGGCCCCCGAGGAGCGGCUGGGCCCCAGGGACCAGAGGGGGAAGAAGGCCAGAUUGGCCCAGCAGGUCUCAACAGCAGUGAAGGACCCAAGGGAAGCCGAGGACCUGAUGGCCUCCAGGGAACCCCAGGACCGCGAGGAACCAGGGGCCGCACGGGGCAGCGUGGGCUGGUUGGAGCCCCUGGCCUGCCAGGCUUGCGAGGCGCUCCAGGAGCAGAAGGUCCUGAAGGAAAGCCUGGUACACAGGGUCUCCCAGGGGCCGUGGGCAGCCCAGGCAGAAGGGGACCACCUGGUUUUGCUGGCUCACAGGGGGAGAGAGGCCACAGAGGACUCCCUGGACCAAUAGGCCCUCUGGGAAGACCAGGAGCUGAUGGAGACCCAGGCUCUCUAGGUGCAAAGGGACUACCUGGAAAGCCUGGCUUGGAAGGACCACAAGGACCUGUCGGCAUGUAUGGCUACCCGGGACCUGUUGGUGACAGAGGGAAGCCAGGACCCAGGGGAGAAAAGGGAGAAACUGGAUCCCAAGGCCUGCCGGGAUUCCCAGGAAAAGCUGGUCCUAAGGCCCUGCCAGGCCCCCGUGGCCCAAGAGGACCUCCCGGUUCCCAGGGAAGACCAGGAGACCCAGGUCCUCGAGGGCUUCCAGGGCUGCCUGGAGUUCCUGGCAUGCAAGGGCUGGACGGCAUCACUGGGAAGCCUGGUUUGACAGGAGAAACAGGGAUUCCUGGAGGGAGUGGAGCUGCUGGCCUGCCUGGGUACCCGGGCCGAGAAGGUCCAGGUGGACCUGAAGGGCCUUUGGGGAAGAAAGGAGAGAAGGGUGAUGUGGGUGAUCCGGGGGAAGCUGGCAUCAGCGGGCUGGAUGGAGAGCAGGGACCACCAGGACUGCUGGGAGUGGAGGGUCAGCCAGGACCCAAGGGCGAGCAGGGAGAGGCAGGAAUCCUGGGAGCUCCAGGCAUCAAAGGUGGCCCUGGGGAGCAAGGGGACGAUGGGCCAAAGGGGCCACCUGGGAGACCUGGGGAGCAAGGAAAGGAGGGUGAUGUUGGCGAUACUGGAGACCCGGGUGAGCCAGGACUCCAGGGACAAAAGGGAGACCUUGGCCCUAGGGGCCUUCCUGGAGUGCCUGGACCAGGAGCUGUUAUCGGGGACAUUGGAGGAAAAGGACAUAAAGGAGAGAAGGGCCAAGAAGGUUUUCUGGGCCAGGUUGGUGUUACUGGAGGUGCAGGACCUGCUGGAGUCAGAGGACAGUCUGGUGGAAGGGGUCUCCGAGGUCCUCCUGGGCUUGACGGUCCCGAGGGAGCAAAGGGAGAUCCAGGGCCACGGGGCAUGGAUGGACCAGCUGGUGUUGCCGGAUUAGAGGGACUCGCAGGAGGUGAUGGAGUAAAGGGAGAUCGAGGCAAACCUGGUCCUGCGGGCUCAGCGGGCUCCCAGGGAAGAAAGGGCAUCCCUGGAUUCAAGGGCUACUUGGGGCCUGAAGGAACCAAAGGAGCUGUGGGAGUGAAAGGAGAGCUGGGCCGGCAGGGUCCUCUUGGGUCACCAGGCGAGGCUGGAGCACCGGGCUUGAGCGGCACCGAGGGCCUGAUGGGUGCAAAAGGGAGUCGAGGCAAACCAGGAAAACCGGGGCAAAAGGGGUCUCAAGGACGAGCUGGUCCUGAAGGGCAGAAAGGUCGCAAAGGAGAAAAGGGUGAAGUCGGGCGUGAAGGGGAAGAGGGGGUCCCCGGCGAACCUGGCAGAAGGGGCAAGCGAGGCAAGGCUGGCCACAGGCCACCAAGAGGCCCCCGGGGACCCAAGGGCUUCCCAGGUGAAGAUGGGCUGCAAGGGCCCCAGGGCCCUCAAGGACCUUAUGGCAUUCCUGGGCUGAAAGGCAUGAAAGGAGAUCCCGGCCCAAAAGGACAGAAGGGUGAAAAAGGCAGCAUGGGAGACCUCGGCCAGCAAGGCGAUGAUGGCUUCAAGGGCAAGCAAGGACCCCCUGGCGUCCCCGGGAGGCCGGGACCCAAGGGAGAGCAGGGCGAUGACGGUCCCCCCGGUCCGUGGGGGUUCCCUGGGUUCCCUGGGAAGCCGGGCUCGUCGGGGCACAAAGGUCCGAAAGGCUUCGCGGGUCUGCCGGGACCCAGGGGCAAGCGGGGCCUGCCGGGUCUCGCUGGCCCUCCUGGCCCGAGCGGGCCAGCGCUGAACCUGUCCGCGGAGGAGCUGCAGCACCUGAUUUAUCCCUCCAACCGCCUGAACUACACCAUGGUGUGGGCUCUUCUGGACACCCUGAAGCAUGAACUGAAGGCGCUGGUGGAGCACCCCGACGGCACCAAAGCGAACCCGGCGGCCACCUGCAAGGAGCUGCUGCUGGCCCACCCUCACCUGCCCGACGGUCCCUACUACAUCGACCCCAACCAGGGCAGCCCCCAGGACGCCCUGCUGGCUUUCUGCAACUUCACGGCGGGGGGCGAGACCUGCAUCGCCCCCAUCCACAACCAGGUGCCCAUCCAGGCCUGGCUGCGCACCUACGCCGCCGCAGGCACCUUCGAGUGGUUCAGCGCCCUGCCCGGGGGCUUCCUGCUGGAGUACGAGGGGGCCAGCCCGGUGCAGCUCCGCUUCCUCAAGCUGCGCAGCAGCCUGGCCACCCAGAAGGUCUCCUACUCCUGCAGGCCAGCCUCCGAGCAGGGCCAGCCGCAGCGGGAGAAGGCCAUCCAGUUCCUCACGGACACCCGGGAGCGGAGCUACGCAGCCACCCUGCAGGGCUGCGUGCUCGAUAACGAAUCGUCCAUCACCGACACCAUCUUCCAGUUCACCACCGAGGAGCUCGCCCUGCUGCCCCUGCGCGACCUGGCCGUGUUUCACGACGGCGACGCCUCACACCAGUUUGGGUUCACAGUCGGACCGGUUUGCUUCAGCUGAAACCGAUGACGCCCAAGAUGAAGCGGCCCUCUCGCUCCCCAACCCACCUGCUUUCCGGCCGGGGGUGGCCGCGGAGGGCGACGGAGCGGGGUGCUCCCAGCCCGCUCUUCGGCGCUGCCCUUCCUAGCUGUGCGACGCGUCUCUGUAGCUGCAUUACUCCACGGACUACGCUUCCUUUUGAAGUAGAAGAAUGCUGUUUACGAAAGUUGUUUUUUUCUAUAAAUUAUGUAUAUAUAUAUGUAUAUGUAUAUGAAAA